AGAACGGGCUUGACUCACCACGCGGACAGAAGACCGGGUUCUCCCUCAGUCAGAGGACCACCUUUCUGCAGGGAUGAGGAUCUGCUGCACCAACAAACAGGUUCAGUGAAUAAAGAAGACUCGGUUGAAAUCGGCUGAAUGGCCCGGAUCUACUGUCGACUGCGUAACGUGUUGAUCUGUGUCUGCACGCCAUGCAUGUUCAUGCUCCUGAUGGUCGUCUACCUCACCUUCUCCUUGUACAUGGUGUUGAACGACUCCGUGGAGAAGAUGAAAAACCACAACAACGGCCCUCUCUUUGUGGCUCGGGGAUCCAACGCGAACGGCAGCUACGCCUCGCUCCCCGGCACAUUCUGGGAAAAAGAAAAGGCCUUUUGGAACCAGCUCCAGAGGGCCGUUGACCUCAGCUUCAACCCCAUUCUGUAUCCAACACGAGCCAAGGCGGAAUCCGAAAGGGUCUACUUGGACGACUCCUUUCUGGACCAAAGUUUCUCUAAACUGGCAAGCAUAGAUUCCAUGAAGGACAAGUUUGAGAAGCUACCAGAGCACAUGCAGCAUUAUUCCAGAUCCAUGCAAAGAAGGAAGUACCCCAUCCUGAUCCAGCCAGACGGAGCGUGUGGAGCCAAAGCAAAGCAUGAGGAACAGACGCCUCUCAUUCUGUUCGCCAUCAAGUCGUCAGAACUGAACAUCAAGAACCGACAAGCCAUCCGACAGACGUGGGGUCAGGUGGGAUGGGUGCAGGGGCAGAAGAACAGCAGUAACGAAGAAGAAGAAGUAGGAGGAUACGUCCGGAGGGUGUUCUUGCUCGGCAAGGAAAACUCCCAGCUUUCCUCUCUGGAUUUGUCUGACAUGCUGCAUGCGGAGAACAGACGUUACGGAGACAUCCUGCAGUGGGACUUUGAGGACACCUUUUUCAACCUCACCUUGAAGGACGUUCUCUUCUGGAGCUGGUUCUCUCGCAGCUGCGGUCAGACUCUCUUCGUCUUCAAGGGAGACGACGACGUCUUCGUCAACACUCCCAAACUCAUCUCCUACCUCCACGAGGAGCUGAAGAAACCUCAAGCGAGGAUGACGGAGUUCAUGGUCGGAGACGUCAUAGGAAAUGCGAUGCCGAUCCGAUCAAAGACCUCCAAGUAUUUCAUUCCGGACAGCUUCUACAAGGGCAUCUACCCCAGCUACGCGGGCGGAGGAGGGGUGGUGUAUUCAGGACAGCUGGCCCGACGCUUGCACCACAUAUCUAAGACCGUCCACCUCUACCCCAUCGACGACGUCUUUGUAGGGAUGUGCAUGCGCCGCCUGAACGCGCACCCCGUCCAUCACCCCGCCUUCCUCACCUUUGACUUCACCAAAAAGGAAGUUGAGAAACCUUGUUCGUAUCACACCAUCCUGUUGGUCCACAAACGGAGUCCAGAGGAGCUGCUCAGCCUGUGGGCCGACCUGAAAAAGACCCGAACGCAAUGUCGGGACGUUCCUCUGCGGGCCACAGGGAAACCCUCACGGGGUGUUCUGUAAUGUUUCUGAGCCCGCAUGAGGCAGCAUGACAAACCACUGACUUGAAUCUUGAUCAUUUUAUCUGCAACACUGUGACUCACAAACGUUAAUAUGAAAGUAUUUUCCUAAAAAGACGGUAGAUGUAGUUC